AUGGACUCGCAUUGCGACUGUGCCGAGCCCCCGGCCGCCGAGCAGCAGCCGUCGGGGAAGAUUAACAAAACCGCCUUCAAAUUGUUCAAGAGGAGGAAAUCCGGGGGCACCAUGCCCAGCAUCUUUGGGGUGAGGAGCAAAGGUGGGGAGGGGAAGGGCGCGAGCAAAGCGGGGAUGGUGCGGAGCAGGACGCACGAUGGCUUGGCCGACGCUGUGCUGGAGAGCAGCAAGAAGGAGGACCAGGGUGGCGGCGAUCCUCAAGGCAAGGAUGCUCAGAGCCGGGCGGCCGGCAGCCUCGGCGUCUCCCCCGGCAGCUCAGUGGCGAAGUCGCACAGCUUCUUCUCCCUGCUGAGGAAGAACGGGAGGACGGAGAACGGCAAGGCAGAGAAUGCGGAUCAGCGGGCUGGCGGCAGACAAAAGAAGGGGCUGAAAGGGAUCUUCAGCAGCAUGCGAUGGCAUAAAAAGGACAAAAACGGCAAGGAGGAGAGGGGGGAAACCUCGGAAAUCCAGUCCGGUCUCAUUAUGCCGGGGUCUUUGACUGCCAGCUUGGAGUGCAUCAAAGAGGAGACGCCAAAACCUUUGUCUGAAACUCCGAACAGCACAGGAGACGUCGGUCUCGAAUUGCUGCAUGAGAAGCACACCUUGGCCGAGGAGCCCCAGGUGGGAGGUGGGGAGUCGCGGGACAGCAAAACCCCCCCCGGGGAGGACCCUGCCGCUGCUGGAAGGCAACCCGAGGAGCUCUGCCGCGAGCGACCGGACCUGGGCGAUGGAGAAGUUGGGACUGCGAAGGAUGCGGCCAUAACAGGCUGCGGAGAUAUUAUUGCGGACCAGGAGGAGGAUGUGGGCAGCGGGAGUGGCGGCUGCGAGAAGAGCACCCCCGGGGUCAGCAAGCUAGGCGCCUCCAAGAAACACCCCACCAUGGUGGCCUACCAAGGAGGAGGGGAGGAGAUGGCCAGCCCAGAGCAGGUGGAUGAUACAUACCUCCAGGAGUUCUGGGAUAUGCUGUCGCAGACAGAGGAGACCCAAACAGGAGGAGGAGGAGGAGGGACAAAGACGCCCGAGGGGCUGAAGGAGAACCGAGGUACUGAAGGGGCCCAUAACAGAGUGGCAGUGAAACGUGGUGGCCUCCACCAGAUCCCCAUUCACCUCAACCACAAAGAGGAGCAGAAGGGCAGGGAGAAGGAGCAGCACGAGGGUGUCCCAAACAGUGAUGAGGGCUACUGGGAUUCCACCACCCCUGGUCCUGAGGAAGAUAGUACCACGAGUAUCCAGAAGGAGACCAUUCCCAGGGACAGCUACAGUGGGGAUGCACUCUAUGACCUCUAUGCUGAGCCAGAUGAAAACCCACCAGGGAAGCCUCCGGACGAAGGGGUCACCUGUAUGCCACGCUCCAAGCCCGUGUCGCCAAUAACGACCACAUGCUCACUGAAAACACCCUCAAGCACAGUGAAGGACUCCAAGAUACCCAUCAGCAUUAAACACCUUGCAUCACAUCCAGCCAGCCAUGGAACAGACACUAGUAACAGCCAUCACGUUGCACACCAUCACCUGGCCAAAAGUGAGAUGCACAGAACAAAAAUCCCUGUCUCUAAAGUACUAGUACGCCGGGUUAGUAACAGGGGCUUAGCAGGGACAACAGUGAAAGCUGCCACGUACCAGGACAGUGCCAAAAAAUAA